AGAGAGAGAGAGAGAGAGAGAGCCUGUUAUUUCUAUUUGAAUUGUGUAAAUCUAGGGGAGUAAAUGGUAUAGGCUACUGCUUGGCAACUCCCUCCCAACCCAACCAAGAACACCCCCCGCCCCUCCACCACCCCCACCGGCCCAAUCUUAGUUUAGCCGCCCGUGCUAAACUAGCUGCAUGCGCUCAAGUCUCCCACAAUAACAGUCUUGACGUCACUGGCCGUCGGUCUCGUGGAUACAGCUGCAGACUGCAGGAGAGCGAGCGGCGAUCGAAGAGAAGCGAAGAGCGGCGGCGUUGACGGCCAUCUUAGAGCUACCGCGGUGACUGAACGCGUCUCUUCUGGAUUAACAUUUUUUCCUGACAAAGAAAUAUUCGAGCCGACUCACGUAGCAUAGAAGUAAGGUCGUGUUCGCCACCCCCGUGUUUCAACGCUUACAUUCGGGAUGCAGUUCCGAAGGAAUACACGAUUCGCAUCCGCGGUCGGACUGGUCCUCGGACUAUUAUGCGCGGUGGAGGCGGCCAAAGUGAACAAGCACAAACCAUGGAUCGAGACGACGUACCACGGCAUCGUGACGGAGAACGACGACAAAGUGCUGCUGGACCCGCCCCUCAUCGCCCUGGACAAGGACGCACCGCUGCGCUACGCAGAGAGUUUUGAGGUGACCCUCACCAAAGAAGGCGAGAUCUGCGGCUUCAGGAUCCACGGGCAGAACGUGCCCUUCGAGGCCGUGGUGCUGGACAAGUCCACGGGCGAGGGGGUGAUCCGCGCCAAGGGCCCGCUGGACUGCGAGCUGCAGAAGGAGCACACCUUCACCCUGCAGGCCUACGACUGUGGAGAGGGCCCUGACGGAGCCAACAUGAAGAAGUCCCACAAGGCCACCGUCCACAUCCAGGUGAACGACAUCAACGAGUACGCGCCCGUGUUCAAGGAGAAGUCCUACAAGGCCACGGUGAUGGAGGGCAAGCAGUACGACAGCAUCCUGCGGGUGGAGGCCGUGGACGCCGACUGCUCCUUCCAGUUCAGCCAGAUCUGCAGCUACGACAUCGUGACUCCCGAGGUGCCCUUCACCGUCGACAAGGACGGCUACAUCAAGAACACGGAGAAACUGAACUACGGCAAAGAGCGCAUGUACAAGCUGACCGUCACCGCCUACGACUGCGGGAAGAACCGGGCCUCUGAGGACGUGCUGGUCAAGAUCAACGUGAAGCCCACCUGCAAGCCCGGCUGGACAGGGUUCAAUAAGAGGAUUGAGUAUGAGCCCGGGACGGGCAGCCUGCCGCUGUUUCCCAGCGUGCACCUGGAGACGUGCGACGAGCCAAUCACCUCCAUCCAGGCCAACAUCGAGCUGGAGACCAACCACAUCGGGAAGGGCUGCGACAGAGACACCUACUCAGAGAAGGCCCUGCACAAGCUGUGUGGGGCCAGCGGGGGGGGCACGGUAGAGCUGCUCCCGGCGCCCAGCAGCGCCACCAACUGGACGGUGGGCCUGCCCACGGACAACGGCCACGACAGCGACCAGGUGUUUGAGUUCAACGGCACGCAGGCGGUGAAGGUGCCGGAGGGCGUGGUGAGCACCAGCCUGAAGGAGCCCUUCACCGUGUCCGUGUGGAUGAGGCACGGCCCGGGGGCCCACGACAAGGAGACCGUCCUCUGCAACUCGGACAAGACCGGUGCGCAGCCGCAACCGCACACCCCGCUCACAGACUCACCGUGUGGCUGUUUUUCAAAUGUAGAUUAUGUAUUAGCGAUUUUUUUAUGUUUUUAUUGUUUCAUGUUACUGACAAAUAAUCACACAGAAUCCAAAUACCUGCAGAGAGAGGCAGGUUACUGCCCCCUGGCCCCGGGCCCUGUAGAGAGAGGCAGGUUACUGCCCCACCGGGCCCCGGAGCCUGCAGAGAGAGGCAGGUUACUGCCCCACCAGGCCCCGGAGCCUCCUGUAGUCUGUAGCCUACAGCCUGUAGCCUGUAGCCUGACCCCUUCCUCCCGUCCAGGGGUCAGCACCAUGGCGCAGUACGAGACGGUGCUCCACCUCAUCCGCUACAAGAACUGGCACACUGAGGCGCUGUUCGACAGGAAGUUCAAGCUGGUGUGCUCCGAGCUCAACGGCCGCUACAUCAGCAACGACUUCAAGGUCGAGGUGAACGUGAUCCACACGGUGAACCCCAUGGAGCACGCCAACGACGCCAUGGUCCAGCCCAACUUCAUCAACCCCGUGCACCACGCCUCCGUGGACCUGUCCGGACACAACCUGGUCAACCCCCACCAGGCCUCAGUGGUGCCCAGUGCUGCCACCGUGGUCAUCGUGGUGUGCGUGAGCUUCCUGGUGUUCAUGAUCGUCCUGGGCGUGUUCCGCGUGCGGGCGACCCACCAGGGAGCCGCCCGCGACCAGGAGGCCGGCAAGGAGAACGAGAUGGACUGGGACGACUCGGCACUCACCAUCACCGUCAACCCCAUGGAGACCUACGAGGACCAGCACAGCAGCGAGGAUGACGAGGAAGAGGAGGAGGAGGAGGAGAGCGAGGACGGAGAGGAGGAGGAUGACAUCACCAGCGCCGAGUCCGAGAGCAGCGAGGAGGAGGAGGGAGCGGAGGAGGAAGGCCAGCAGGGGGCCAGCAGACAGCAGCAGCUGGAGUGGGACGACUCCACCCUCACCUACUAGACACACACGCACACGUACGCACACACCGAUCAAAACACACAACACCCACACACACACACACACACACACACACGUUGCACCCUGCACACCUACCCCCUUUGCACUCACACCCAUGCACACAGGAACACACACACUCUCUCUCUCUCUCCCUCUCAGUUACCAAUUCCUUUCCACAGAGCCAUGAUGUAAAAAAGCUAAACAAAACAAAAGGUCCCGUCAGGCUAUAUAUGGUCAACAGUUUCCUGUCCCUUACCCUAGUGGUGGAGUUUGGUAGUAUAGAAAACACCCGAUUGCUGAUUUUUUGUUUUAUUUUAUUUCUUUAUUUAUUGUGUUUUAAUUCCGGGAGAACUUGGCCUGUAUAGGUACGCUUGGUCUGUAAUAUGUGAGGGAUCUGGACAUUCACUUUUACAUAUUCUCAGAGAUUAGGCAAAUGGAGAAUGCUUCUUUUUUUUAUUGUAUAUUCCUUAAGCAUCAGUUUUCAGAAUUUCUUCUUGGGGUUAAAAUGAACAGCUUUGACAUUGUGUUGCUGGGACUUGUGGUCCAGAGAGUGAUACAGGAUGAUGCUUUGAACAAAUAGCCCAUGAUUUUCUGUUGUCUUUUCCUUUCCUUUAUAGUGCAUGAGAAUAUUUCAGAAGUCAUAUGUGUAGAGAAAUAAGUUGCUUUUUAAAGGUUUUGUAAAUAUGAAUAAACCAUGCAAUUAGUUGAUGUGUUAGUGGCGGCCUAAAGCAUAGGGUCCAAUAUCUAAAAUGGCGCAGUAUGUAAUGUAGAUAUUUGUGUCACGUGCUGUAGCAUGUCGCAGACCUUCAAAGCUCCUUCUAUCACGCGCGAACAAAAAGAAUGCGGAACCCAGGUCUGAAACCAGUGGUUUCCAUAGAAAAGGUGUCCAUCCUUCAUUCUCCAAUAUAUAAAUAACUAUAUCUAUAUAUGUUUAUCUAGAUCUAGAUAUACAUAUAUAUAUAUAUAUAUAUACAUACGUAAUCCCUUUCGCAACCAUUCUUGGCUUUUCUCUCACGUAGACGGUAAUGUUUUGCGUUUUGCUUUUCGUGUCGCUUCACACGCGCUUCGCUUGCACAGGUGGCAGGGCCGUUGUCAUGGCAGCGGUGUAUUUCAUUCCCCGGUAGAUUUGGCGGCCAUAAAAAUGGAACAAUCUCUCUUUCAUCCCGGCUUAUCCGAGCGAGAGACGGAACCCAUUGUUGUGAGCAGGUGUAGCAGCGCUCCGAGGGUGCGUUCUAAACGUGCUCCGGUCCCACCGAUAAAGCGGGUGCGUGCGCAUCGACCAGCCUCAGGUGGCGGUGGUUCUGUCGAGGGCAGAGAGGAUGCACGAGCAUUUCUCUGACUGCGUCAUCGCUAAAGAGGAUUAUAAAUACAUGCAGUGGCGGGUUGUUUUAAUGGCACAGCUGUUUAACCUCGAGUUAGUCUCCUCUCUUUAACUCUUAAAACUGGUUUGUUUCGAAAUUCAACAUGAUGAGGAAGGCGUGCACAUGUUAUGAUGGGCCAACGCCUUGGAAUCACAUCAUUUUUGUCUCUUAUUUUUUUACUGACACUGCAGUCAAACCUUUUUUUGCCGUAGAUCACUAGAUUUUAUUGGACAACAGAACUGUACUGUAGGGUUGUUCUAAGGUAUUUGUUUACAUUUGGUAAACCUAUUUUCCUUCUGCUUUGAGUGUGACAAUUAUACAAAUAAUGUUCAAUCUCUCCAGCUCUGACAUGGCUGUUGUUCAUCACAUUUCUAUCUGGCGCCUCUUUCAUUGAACAGGUUUCAUCGUCAUGAUUCCCUUUAUAGUUUUCUGCACGGUCGAUGUUGGCCUGGAACGUAACGUAAACCGGUACUACGGUCUGUAAUAUCAUGAACGUCAGCACGGAGGAUCACAUGCUUUGCAUGCAAAUCUAUUCCACAUAAAAUGGUGAUCUUUAUAACAAACAAAAACACAUGCUUUUUUCGUUCUUGAAGAAUUUCGAGAGGCCAGUUAUGUGAUUUAAACACAUAUUUAAUGUUUUUGCGGUGAAAUGUGAUGAACAGCCUCCUCUUAAUCAGCAAUGGGGCCCUCAGAAAGGUGCCAGGUUCCAGCGGGACGAUUGGGAGUGCCUUUUAAACACAUUAACAGACCAAUUAACACGACUAACCUAACAUCCGCGCUCAUGUAAUCGUGGCAAAGUUGGUUCCUAAUUUGUAUUUCGUUCUCUCCUUUUUUCUUUUUGUAAUUAUUUAACGCUAGAUUUGUUACAGAGCUGGGGGAUGUAAUUUUGUUUUUGUUGUUUUUACUUUACGUUGGUAUGAUAGUGCACCGCUAGUUUUAUUAAAAGUGAAAAGGUUUUACAUAGGCGUCAUGUGUCCAUGUUGGAUGUGUAGAGAAAUUAGAUCCAUAUUGUCUAUUCUAUAGCUAUUGUUCUGAAUCAUAUUGACGGAAUCCACCUCUUAAAAAUAUGUACAUUAUUGAAUUGCUUUAGGCAGAGUUAAGUGGGUAUAAAGUUGACCUAUUUGUGUAUAGUGGAAGGUAAUUAUUUAACAUUGUAAUAUUGCCUGAUUGCUGACAAGUUUUGGGGGCAGCAUGGAAUUCACAAGAAUCUGAGUAUAUAAAUCUGUUCCCUCCAAAAAUGCUCACAAUGUCAUUUUGUCAAACACUUGAGACAUCUCAUCUACCGUUUGUCAAAAGGAGCAUUAUCAACUCACGCUGCAUACACUUUAUGUGAUGCUUAUAGUUUACUCCCAAUAACUUUUGCAUCUCACAUUUCUCUGGUCUAAAUCCAUUCUAAUCAGCUCCUUAAUAUUUUGUAUAGGCCUACUUCUUCUCAUUGAAACUGAACUUCACUGCCUACUAAACCGAACGCAGCCGGACAGUCACUCUGAGGAUCGGGGGUGUUUUGAUUUGCAUGAGCACAUUGUGUAUAUUUCACCUGGAGUUAAAGGGUCAGAGCAAGAGGCAGCCAUUGUAUACUACUGAUUCUCCAAAAUGUUUCACACGUUCACUCCACUCAAAAGAUUUUAUUUGGGGAAGGGGGGGGGGGGGGGGGGUUGUUCUGUUCAAACCUGGCUCUAAAUGGAGGGUGUCAGCCUCUUCAGAAGUGGUCCGAUCGUCGCUUCCUCUCUGCUGGUUGGGGCUGCUCUCACUUUUCUACCAAUUGGAAGGAAAGUUGUAGUAAAGUUGAUGCUCGCUCAUAAACUAAAUAAAGGACGAUGAGAUGGGACACAAA